AUGAUUGGACAGUCAAUGGCCGGAAUUUUGAGCUCGUUGCUAAGCAUCGCUUGCCAAAGAUUCACAGCGAAUGCGCUGCUCAGUGGUCGUUUUUUCUUUAUGAUUGCUUGUGCGUGGACUGUUCUCAGUGGCAUUGUAUACGAAUUACUGAUAAGAUCAGAGAAAAUCGAAAUACUAACUAUCAGAGGCGGCGAAUUCAUCGACCAAUCUUCCAGUGAACGGCUUCUCGGUAACUGUAUUCUUGAAUCAUUAAGCAAAUUCGUACUGGUCGUUAUUACCGCAGCUGUGGCGGUACUCACAAAUUACAUUUAA